CUCUUCUCUGGCCUAACACCCACGUCUCUGUCUCCAAGUCCAGGGCUUUUUCGUAUCUCUUAAUCCAACUGUGUCUGAACACAGACCAACCAGAAGGAAUGAUACUGCUUUCUGCUCGGAAUUUUUUUUUUCUCACGAAGUCUUUGGAACUCAAGUGUAUUCUGCACUUACAACACAUGUACAGUAACUCAAACUAGCCACAUUUCAAACUCUCAAAAGCCACACAUGGAUGGGUUGCUUUCCCGAAACCAUGGUCUGUGUGUCCUCAGAGACUGAAAGGUUAACCUACAGCCAGAUGCAAGGGAGAACCAGUAGGCGUUGUCAACCUCGGCUCUGCGGAGCAUGCCGGGAGUUGUAGUCUGAGCCCAUCUGCCGCUGGGGUCCGAUGGGCGUUAGAGGCCUCGGGCUUGUGGUGCAUGCCGGGAGUUGUAGUCCGCACCCGCUUGUGGCGGGCUCUGCGUAUCAUGGCCGUCUCCGCCGCGCACCCGCAGUCUUCCGCUCGGCCCCAGAAAGUUUCGGUUCUGCCCAGCGGUGGACCCACUAGCGCGGGCCACCAUGGAGUCUGACUUCUGCUGACCGGACCCAAGCAGGAGGGCACAGCCGAGACCGCGGCCUGUAGCCAGUCGCCAUGGCUUCCCCCAGCACGGAUGGCCAGCUCCAGAGGAUCAUCCGUGAUUUGCAAGAUGCUGUGACAGAACUAAGCAAAGAAUUUAAGGAAGGAGGGGAACCCAUCACCGAUGACAGCACCAGCUUGCAUAAGUUUUCUUACAAACUUGAGUACCUCCUUCAAGUAAAUGAACGGCAGUGGGUCUGGACCGCCUCUCUCCUCCUGGGCAACAAGAAGGACUACUGGGAUUACUUCUGUGCUUGCCUGGCCAAGGUGAAGGGCGCCAACGAUGGGAUCCGAUUCGUCAAGUCUAUUUCCGAGCUCCGAACAUCUCUGGGGAAAGGAAGAGCAUUUAUCCGCUACUCAUUGGUGCACCAGAGGCUGGCAGACACCCUGCAGCAGUGUUUCAUGAACACCAAAGUGACCAGCGACUGGUACUACGCCCGAAGCCCCUUUCUGAAGCCGAGGCUGAGCUCUGACAUUGUGGGCCAGCUCUACGAGCUCACCGACGUUCAGUUUGACUUGGUGUCCAGGGGCUAUGACUUGGACGCGGCCUGGCCGACGUUUGCCAGGAGGACACUGGCCCCCGGCUCCUCUGCCUACCUGUGGAAACCCCCCAGCCGGAGCUCCAGCAUGAGCAGCUUGGUGAGCAGCUACCUGCAGACUCAGGAAAUGGCCUCCAGCCUUGACCUGAAUAGCCCCUUGAACAACGAGGCACUGGAGGGCUUUGAUGAGAUGCGAGUGGAGCUGGACCAGCUGGAGGUGCGGGAGAAGCAGCUGCAGGAGCGCAUUCAGCAGCUGGACCGAGAGAACCAGGAGCUGCGGGCAGCCGUCACCUCACAGGGGGAGCAGCUCCAGGUGGAGAGGGAGCGGGCCCGCUCUGCAGCCGAGGACAACGUCCGCCUAUCGCGCAUGACGGCUGAGCUGCAGAAGCAGUGGGAGGUCACCCAGGCCACACAGAGCACCGUGCAGGAGCUGCAGAAGUGCCUGCAGGCCCUGGAACCAGGACCCGCGGAGAAGGAGGGAGAUUCCCACUUGGCCCUGCAGCGGCUGGAGCCCAUGCUGCAGCGCCUGGCGCAGGAGCUCGAGGCCACACGGGACGCGCUGGGCAGGAAGGACGAGCUUUCGGCUAAUGUCCCAGGUCUGGGCAUGGCUGAGCAGAAGGCAGAUGUGGCACUGGACACAAAGGGGCAGCCAGAGCUUAACCCCAGUGCCUCGGCCCUGACGAUCCAGCAGCUGGGGGAGAAGCUUCACGCCCUAGAGCGGGAGAGCACCAAGGUCCAGGAGCUCAACAGGCAGCAGAGCACGCAGCUGGAGCAGCUGGCCAGGGAGCUGCAGCUGAAGGAGGAGUCCCGGGCCGGCCUGGAGCGCGUGGUCAGGGAGAUGGCCUCGCUGCAGGAAGAGCUGUCCGCGAAGAGGAAGGAGGCCACCCAGCUGCGGCGCCGGCUGCAGGAGUCGCUGGCCCACAUGAGCACCAUGGAGGAAGAGCUGGCAGAGGUGAGACAGGUCGAGCGGCAGCAGCGCGAGGAGAAGGAGCUGCUGCAGCGCGAGGCCAGGUCCCUGACACGGCAGCUGCGGCUCCUGGAGACCCAGCUGGCACAGGUGAGCCAGCGCGUGAGCGACCUGGAGGAGCAGAGGAAGCAGCUCAUCCAGGACAGAGACCGCCUCAGCGAGAAAGUGGGGACGCUGGAGCGGCUCGCUGCGCAGCCAGGCCCCAGCCUGCCCGUGGCAGCGGAGAGCAGUGAAGUGCUGGCCCCCCAGGAUUCGGCCCUGCAGGAGGGACCGGUGGAUGGUACUGCAGUUCAGGGGAGCAGCCGGGAGGAGGAGCUGCGGCAGGCCAACAUGGAGCUGGAGAAGGAGCUGCAGAGCGUGAUGGCCCGUAACCAGCGCCUGGAGGACAAGCUGCGUGCCCUGCAGGCGGAUUACCAGGCCCUGCAGCAGCGGGAGGCAGCCAUCCAGGGCUCCCUGGCCUCCCUGGAGUCCAAGCAAGCCAGCAUCCGGCACAUGGGUGAUCAGAUGGAGGCCAGCCUCCUGGCUGUUGUGAAGGCCAAGGAGACCAUGAGGGCCCGCAUGGCCGAGAAGGAGGCUGCCCUGCAGAGCAAGGAGGCCAAGUGCCAGCAGCUGCGGGAGCAGAUGGAGCAGUGCCGGCAGCUGGCAGAGACCCGGGAAGGGGAGCUCAGGGCUUUAGAGAGCCAGUGCCAGCAGCAGACCCAGCUGAUCGAGACCCUCAGAGCAGAAAAAGGCCAACAGGGGCUCAGCCCACCUCAAGAAAAUGCAUCCCAGGAGCUAGCUGCCCAGCUGGCCCUAUCUCAGGCGCAGCUGGAGGUCCAUCAGGGGGAGGCUCAGCGAGUGCAGGCUGAGGUGGUGGACCUCAAGGCCAAGCUCCAGGCAGCCCUGGGUGACCGAGAGAAGGUGCAGAGCCAGCUGAGCGUGACUGAGGCGGCUCUGCAGGAGCACAAGGCCCUUGUGCAGCAACUGAAGGAGCAGAACGAGGCCCUCAACAGGGCCCAUGUCCAGGAGCUGCUGCAGUGCUCAGAGCAGGAAGGGGCCCUGCAGGAGGAGCGGGCCCAGGAGGCCCAUCUGAGGAUGGAGGAACUCCAGGCCCUGCAGGAGGAGCUGUCCCAGGCCAAGUGCAGCUCCCAGGAAGCCCAGCUGGAGCAUGCCGAGCUGCAGGAGCAGCUGCACCGGGCCAACACGGACACUGCCGAGCUCGGUAUCCAGGUCUGUGCGCUGACCGCGGAGAGGGAGCGGAUGGAGGGCGUGUUGGCCUGCACCGUGCAGGAGCUCCGGGACGCCAAAGAGGCAGCCGCCAAGGAGCGCAAGGGCUUGGAACACCAGGUGGCGGGGCUGCAGCGAGAGAAGGAGAGCUUGCAGGAGAAGCUGAAGGCGGCCGAGGAGGCAGCUAACUCACUGCCUGGCCUGCAGGCCCAGCUGACCCAAGCCAAGCAGCGGGCCCAGGGCCUUCAGGAGACUGCACACCAAGAGCUUGACACCCUCAAGUUCCAGCUGAGCACCGAGAUCAUGGACUAUCAGAGUAAACUUAAGACUGCCAGCGAAGAGUGCAGGAGCCUCCGGGGCCAGCUUGAGGUACGGGGCCAGCAGCUGCGGGCCGCCAAGGAGGCUGUGGACAAGCUGGAGGCCACCCAGGCAGACCUGGGAGAGAAGCUGAGCCGCACCAGCAGCCGCCUCUCGGAGUGCCAGGCCGCCAUGCUGAAGAAGGACAAGGAGGGGGCCGCCCUGCGCGAGAACUUGGACAGGACCCAGAAGGAACUUGAAAGAGCCACGGCAAAAAUCCAGGAGUAUUGCAGCAAACUCUGCCAGGAGGCGAGAAGCCGGGAGAAGAAUGACCAGAAGAUGCUGGCGGACCUGGAUGACCUGACUAGGACCAAGAAGAACCUGGAGGAACGGCUGAUAGAGCUGCUCAGGGACAAGGAUGCGCUCUGGCAGAAGUCCGAUGCCCUGGAAUUCCAGCAGAAGCUCAGCGCUGAGGAGCGAUUCGGGGACUCGGAAGUGAAUCACUGCUUUGAUUGCAGGCGCGAGUUCAGCUGGAUGGUGCGGCGGCACCGCUGCAGGAUAUGCGGUCGCAUCUUCUGUUACUACUGCUGCAACAACUACGUGGCGACAAAGCCCGGGGGCCGAAAGGAGCGCUGCUGCCGAGCCUGCUUCCAGAAGUUCAGCCCCGGCUCCCCGGACAGCACCAGCUCGGGCACCAGCCAGAGCCAGCCCAGUCCAACUCUGUCGCCGGCCCCGGCUGGGCUGCAGGCCGCCGGAGGCCAAGGUGCAAACCCAGACUUCAGGUCACCAGACGACACUGUGUUCGACAUCAUCACGGACGAGGAGCUGUGCCAGAUACAGGAGUCGGGCUCCUCCCUGCCUGAAACGCCCACCGAAGCUGACUCUCUUGACCCCAGCAUGGCCGAACAGGACACCGCAUCGAGCUCACUAACCCCUGAGGACCCCGAAGACAUGGCCCUGGGGCAGGACACGGAAAUCUGCUUGCUGAAGUCCGGGGAGCUGAUGGUAAAAUUGCCCUUCACAGUGGAUGAGAUUGCCAACUUUGGGGAGGGUAACAGGGAGCUGUUUGUGAGGUCCAGUACCUACAGCUUCAUCUCCAUCACCGUGGCCGAGACCGGCCUCACCAUCAGCUGGGUCUUCUCCUCCGACCCCAAGAGUAUCUCCUUCAGCGUGGUCUUCAGGGAAGCAGAGGACACUCCGCUGGAUCAGUGCAAGGUCCUCAUUCCCAUCACCCGAUGCAAUUCCCACAAGGAGAACAUCCAGGGCCAGCUCAAGGUCCGCACACCAGGCAUCUACAUGCUCAUCUUCGACAACUCCUUCUCCAGAUUUGUCUCCAAAAAAGUAUUUUACCACUUGACGGUCGACCGGCCUGUGAUCUACGAUGGGAGUGAUUUCCUGUAGCCUCCGCACCUGGAUUUCAGCAGUUUCACUUCACCCACAGGAAACACUACUCUCUCACCUGCCACAUAAAACACUAAAACAAAAACAACAAAAACAGCCCAGCCACUCGAAAGCUGAUGAACUUUGCAACUUGACAACACCCUGGCUGCUCUCCCUGCUACAUGGUCUGGGCAGCGUGCGCUCAGCCCACAGCUCAGCUCCCAGGGGCUCACGCAGCCUUUCCCUCACUGCUUCGCCCCCGAAGGGGCACUGCGGGAGGGCUCACCACUCCUGAGCACAGUUGGUUCCAAGCCUCCUAGGGAGUUUCACAGGCCUGAGGUGGUACCUACCUCUGCCCAUGGGAAGAGUUGCCCUGCUCUGCCAGCCUGGCCCAGCAUCCUGAGAGACCAUGAGCCAGAUGCCCUUGCCGGACCCGGUGAGGCCUUGGGUCCCAGGGUCAUCAUGAGAGUCAGGGUGCCAGGAGCCCUCACGAGACCUCAACCAGCCUCCUCCAGCCAUGUUCCUGUCCCUUCCGCCCCAGUCAGCUUGGCGUUGCUCCCACACUCAGCAAUUCCAGAGGCCCCUCGACUGCCCGUUCCUCCUGGGCCUUCUGCUUGGCAAUUCUGUCCACGAGCAAAGCCCUUCAUCACCCAGGCCUCUCAGAUCUCCCCUAAGAAUCAGAACUGAAAGUAAUCCAGGGAACAGAACCCACCACACUCAGAGCCUGCGGAAGCCACCCCAUACAGACGGUGAAAGCCCAACACCGGUUAACACCAAUGUGUGACCAGAGAGCAGGCUCGUGCUUGGCCUGCAGGUCCCACUUCUCGGCUGCUGGCCUUCAUUUAUACAAAUAGGAGCUGCCUCGCAUGCAGAUACGUUUACUAAUGAUCAUAAUCAGGAUGAGAACCACUUUCA